UAUCCGGACCAAGACCGUUUUUUCGUUCGCCCCAUCUCCGAUAUUCUGUAACCGUAUCCCGAAGACAAAACCAAGGUAGAAAAUCUACAGUAUGGAUAAACGCCAACCAGAAAAAGAUUACUCACCACCCAAAAAUGUCAUCAUCAUCGGCGGGUCCCUCUCCGGACUCAUGCACGGCAUCAUGCUCCACCGUCUCGGAAGCACAGUCCGAGUCUUGGAACAAUCGCUCACCCAUACACCCGUCUCUCACAUGGCAGGAGUAUGCCUAGGCAUCGAUGUGCAACACUUUCUAAAGCGAUUCGAUCGCACUUCAGAAAUCCCCUUAGGUAUUUCGGCUGUGCAACUACAGUCACUCGAUGGGCAGGGCAAGAUCCACCCUUUUCUACGAAUCAAUCGGAUCAUGUCUUCAUGGGAUGCACUUUAUUUCCGGCUAAGGGCCAAUUUCGACAUGAAAGCAAGCCACUAUGUUCCGCACCCGCCUGCAUUAGAUUUAAGGGCAGGUGAAGAUGCAGAUGGCGCUAAAGCGAGAGCAAGGUAUGAAAUUGGAAAGCAAGUCAUAGGUAUAGAGCAGUUUAAGACCGGUCAGCUACUAGUCCGCUAUAAGGAUCAUACGGACGGCGGCACAGAUGCACAAGCACUGGCAGACCUAGUACUCGGUGCUGAUGGCCCAAACUCGAUAGUUCGCAAGAUCUUCUUAAAGCCAGGUGAAGCAGAUCGGAAAUACACGGGAUAUGUGGCGUGGCGCGGUGUAGUUCCAGAGGAGCAAGUGAGUGAAGAGACGCGAGAAGUAUUUCGGUCAAACAUAACCUAUUCGAUAUUAAAGGGUGAAGGCGGCCACGUUAUCCUUUACUACAUACCAGGGAAAGGCGGUUCCGUCGAGCCUGGCAAGCGCCUCUUGAACUUCUGCUGGUAUACUAAUGUUCCGCUUUCUUCCCUGGAUACAAUCAUGACCGAUAUUAAUGGUAAGCGGCACUACACCAAACUACCACCCGGACAAGUCCGCCCCGAAGUCUGGGAGACCCAAAAGUCCAUAGCCAAAACACAAUUCGCGCCACCAUACCUUGAAGUCAUCGAAAAAAUCGGAUUGCCUUUCCUACAUCUUAUCACCGAUUACUGCUCUCCACGCGCCUCCUUUAUGGGAGGCAAAGUACUGCUAGUUGGAGAUGCAGUCACCUUGCUACGGCCGCACAUUGCUUAUUCUACGAAUCAAGCCGCAUACCAUGCUCUCCUGACCGAGAAACUGGUCACUAGAAAACUAACGCUGGAGGAAUGGGAGUACCAAGUUACGACCGCUGCAUACCUGCAGUGGAGGCGAAGCGCGUGGUUUGGAGAGUAUUUCCAGCGACCGCUUUAUAUUUCCAUUGGAACCGCCAUGCUCUUCUGGGCUACAUCUGCAUUGGCAAAGCUGAGGAUUUGGAUGGGGUGGUUGCCACCGCAGGCAAUUUAGGUAUCAAGUGAGGAGAAUCGAGUUUUGUUCCUAUAAUCGGCUCUAUAUUCAAUAUAUAUCUACCUGAAAGAAGAAAAGUCCACAGCUUUGAGGGGAGCAAUCGAAGGGCCCAACACACCGUUUUCACUACGAAGACUUUAAGGGGACAGAUAGGAAGAGACAAUAUACCUAGGUAGGUAGGUAGGUAAGUAACUAGUAUCCACUUAAGCUCUUUAUGUUUCUUAUAUUGUCUCCUAUCCUACCUUAGGUACACAACCUACCUGCUACUUAGGUCAGCUAAGGCAGACUAUAACCUCCGUCAAUCAUCAAGUCAGCACCUGUUAUAUAACUGCUGGCAUCGCUAGCUAAGAAAACGUAUGCCCCUUUAAGUUCGGAUGGCUUACAAAACCUACGACCGGGAACCAUCUCGAUCCACUGGCUUCUCCAUUCCUGAGGAUGAACGUCGAGCACUAUAUAUCCGUUAGAUUUGGCGUACCUAUUCGUACGGCACAACCCAAUACUUACUGUCUGUUUCAAUAAAGCCCUAUUGUGUAUUAUAGUUAGAUCAAUUUCCUUGAAGGUUUGGAUGCAACAGUGAGAUCCCAUACCGGCGAAACAUUGUUAACCCUU